UAUUGUGAUGCAAAUCAGCAUCUGCCUAAAAGGGGCCGCGCUGCCCUGAGUCGAUCGGAGUCCGAGCUCAAGCAAGCGGAGGCAGCACACGGCGGGCUGAACGACACAUGCACCGGCGGGAGGGCACCGUGCGAGCCCCGACACACACUCUGCUGGAUCACCGGUAACUCCGGUGUGCAAGCCUGGGAUCACCAGUAACUCCAGUGUGCAAGCCUGGGAUCACCAGUAACUCCAGUGUGCAAGCCUGGGAUCACCUGCAACUCCAGUGUGCAAGCCUGGGAUCACCUGCAACUCCAGUGUGCAAGCCUGGGAUCACCAAGAACUCCAGUGUGCAAGCCUGGGAUCACCAGUAACUCCAGUGUGCAAGCCUGGGAUCACCUGCAACUCCAGUGUGCAAGCCUGGGAUCACCAGUAACUCCAGUGUGCAAGAACUCCAGUGUGCAAGCCUGGGAUCACCAAGAACUCCAGUGUGCAAGCCUGGGAUCACCAGUAACUCCAGUGUGCAAGCCUGGGAUCACCAGUAACUCCAGUGUGCAAGCCUGGGAUCACCAGUAACUCCAGUGUGCAAGCCUGGGAUCACCAGUAACUCCAGUGUGCAAGCCUGUUAUCACCUGCAGCUCCAGUGUCCCAAGUCUGGGGUCACCUGCAACUCCAGUGUCCCUGCAAGCCUAGUAUCACCUGUACCUGCAGGGUGCAAGCCUUGGAUCACUAGUUCCUGCAGGAUGCAAGCCUUGGAUCACUAGAACUUCAGGGUGCAAGCCUUGGAUCACUAGGACUUCAGGGUGCAAGCCUUGGAUCACUAGACCUUCGGGGCGCAAGCCUUGGAUCACUAGACCUUCGGGGCGCAAGCCUUGGAUCACUAGAACUUCGGGGUGCAAGCCUUGGAUCACUAGGACUUCGGGGUGCAAGCCUUGGAUCACUAAUCAGGGUGGAAGUGCCAUUACUGGAGUAGCUGUAUUAAUUUCAUCCUAGCUCAUACUGGGUUUGCUGAAUGUGGUUUUUCUUCAGGCCUCUCGUAUCCAGCAGUAGAAGGAGUUGUAGACGUCUAAUGAGUACAGGGUACAUGGAUUUGCACCAUCUAUUAUGCUAGAGACUGAUUCCUGCACAUACUGAUCUCUGUCUGGAGUAAACCCUCUAUCUGAUGCAGUGAGUGCCUCCACCUGGACCACCACCUUCUUCUGCAAGAACCUUUCCCAAGUGGACUAUCUUAUUCUGCUGGUAUUUCUCCCACCUGGAACACCAUCUUCUGCAGGGACCUUUCCCACCUGGACCCUCCCAGCCAUGAGCCAGACAGAAGUGUCCACCUGUUCUGUUCCUCAGACCCAGCGGGUGUUCCAGGAGGCUGUGAGAAAGGGUAACACUAAGGAACUUCAGUCCCUACUUCAGAACAUGACCAACUGUGAGUUUAAUGUCAAUUCCUUUGGUCCAGAAGGCCAGACAGCCCUCCACCAGUCUGUGAUUGAUGGGAACCUGGAACUGGUGAAACUUCUGGUCAAGUUUGGAGCAGACAUCAGACUAGCAAACAGGGAUGGUUGGAGUGCCCUACACAUAGCAGCCUAUGGUGGACACCAAGACAUUGUCCUCUAUCUCAUCACCAAGGCCAAGUACUCCUCCAGUAGCCGGUAACUGCCCACAGGACAUGCACAGACAUUCCAACACUUCCUAUUUUAUGGGGGUUUAAAUCAAUUUUUGUUAAUGUCUUAAUUUUUGUGUUUUUAUUAUCUUUGGUUGUUUUCUUUUUGUUUUCCAUUAAAGAGGCUGUGCUGCU